AGCAAUGGCCAAGAGAAGCUUUUACGAGGAUGACGAGCUUGUGGUGAGUAAGCCCGGAUUUAAUGCCGAGAUUUCCCCGGCAUUGAAGGAAAAGGAAUCAGCCCAUGGAAAUAUUUCAUUCGUAGAAGGUAUGGGAGUGAGAACAACUCCGUUUUUGGAACAAUACUCUAACAAAUUGAGACUCUGGCUACACGACAAAGUUCUGAUUUACGGAGCAGAGGUAGAUACUCAGAAAACGGCGUUUUUGAACGAGGUUUCGACGGUUUCCAACGGAGUUAAGCUGACAAUUCAUGAACCAGUUUUGCCUAAUUUGGUGUAUAUCUUGACCAUCUCCCUUACAGGUUCCAUUUUGGCCUCUAGAAGAUCACUCCCCGUAAGAUUUGCUACUCCAUUAGUAUUUGGUGGGUUUGCAUUGAACCACUACAUGCCCAAGACGUUUGAUACCAUAGUGUCGAACUACGAAAACUACGAAAAGAGCCAGUUCCCAGAGUUCAACAAACAGAAGCAGGAAUUGGUAUUUGACAACUACAACAACAUUAAGAAACAAGUAGACGUCAGUAUUUCAGAAGCCAACGUAACGUUGCAGAAGUCGGUUCACGAGGCUAGAAAGUAUUUAUGUGAUAUAUUUGGUGAUAAUUAACUGAAGAUGAAAUAUUCCAAUUACAUACCGAAUAGAUAUUUGAUUCAGUGACGAGGGGCUGAGUUUGAAACACAGCUGCAGAUCAUAUGAAUAGAAUAUUC